AUGCCAAAAAUUUCGUCGCUUUUACCAUUCGCGGCAGAACUUGAGAGUGCUCAUGGUGGCCUCGUCGCGCUCCGACUCUCUCGCCUUCCGCUGCUUGACCGCUUGUCCCCUUUCUCGGCUACUCCGUUCUGCUCCUUUUCACUCAGCGGCUCCUGGCAGGGCGGUGAUGCAAUGAUGCACAUGCUAGUGGCCCCGGAUGGGGGCGGAGGGGAGCUGCAGCCGUACGGCGCGCCGCCGGCGGAGCAGGAGCUGGAGCUCCUCCGCGAUAACGCCGAUGACGGCCUCGAGGGCCACGUGCGGUGCCUGCGGUGCGGAAUAUCCGGCAAUGCAACGCCCCAUAUGCGGCGUGGGCCUGAUGGCCCAAGAACUCUUUGCAAUGCGUGUGGCAUUGCUUACAGGAAGGGGAAAAUGAGAAGAAUGAUAGAAGCUGAACCACCCAUAGAUGAGGCUUCACUUGCGAAGCUGGUUCCAGAGGUAGGCAUGGAAUUUGUGAGUGAGGAAAAGGCAUACGAAUUCUACAACAAAUAUGCUGGGCAUGUUGGCUUUAGCGUUAGGAAAAGUACAUCACACAAAUCUUCAGAAAAUAUUACCAAAGUAAGAACUUUUGUGUGCUCAAGAGAAGGCUACAACAGGGAUAAAAAAUCACUGGAAGCAAAGAAGCCAAGAUUGGAUACACGAAUCGGUUGCCCGGCGAGAUUGAUUAUAAAAGUCACACCAGAGUGCAAGUAUAGAGUAACUGAUUUUAAAGCAGACCACAAUCAUCAGCUAGCCCCUCCUUCAACGAUGCAUAUGUUAAGGUCGCAGAGGAUAUUGACAGAACUUCAGUCUGGAGAAGCAGAACUAUCAGAUGAUUCUGUAGUGACACCAACAACAAAAGCAACCGGUGAUCUUGUUGUGAGACAAGUCAGUUUCCUUCGGAGUAUCUCUCUCCUCCCAGCUGAUUACAAGAAUUAUCUCCGUUCGAAACGUAUGAAGGCCAUGCAACCUGGUGAUGGUGGAGCAAUAUUGAAAUAUUUACAGACGAUGCAAAUGGACAACCCCUCGUUCUUUUACACUAUGCAAAUCGAUGAGGAUGACAAACUGACUAACUUCUUUUGGGCAGACCAAAAAUCUAGAGACGACUUCAACUAUUUCAGUGAUGUGCUCUGCUUAGACACAACAUACAAAAUAAAUGGAUAUGGUAGACCACUUGCAUUAUUCCUUGGUGUGAAUCACCAUAAACAAACAAUUAUUUUUGGUGCAGCUAUGCUUUAUGAUGAAUCAUUUGAAUCAUACAAGUGGCUUUUUGAGAGUUUUAAGAUCGCUAUGCAUGGAAAACAGCCUGCAGUAGCUUUGAUAGAUCAAUCUAUUCCAUUAAGUAGUGCAAUGGCAGCCGCCUGGCCAAGUACCACUCAACGAAUUUGUGCUUGGCAUGUGUAUCAGAAUUCUCUUAAGCACCUCAAUCAUGUUUUCCAAGGUUCGAAGACAUUUGCAAAGGACUUUAGCAAAUGUGUCUUUGGCUAUGAGGACGAAGAUGAAUUCGUGUUUUCAUGGAGAAGUAUGUUGGAAAAGUAUGAUCUUAGACAUAAUGAAUGGUUGUCUAAAGUGUUUGCUGAGAAGGAACAAUGGGCCUUGGCAUAUGAUAGACAUAUAUUUUGUGCUGACAUCAUAAGUGCACUUCAAGCCGAGAGUUUCAGUAGUAUUUUGAAGAAAUUCUUGAGUCCUCAACUGGAGCUGCUGUCCUUCUUCAAGCACUAUGAAAGAGCAGUGGAUGAACAUCGCUAUGCUGAGCUGCAAGCUGACUUCCAAGCUAGUCAGAGCUAUCCAAGAAUACCCCCAGCCAAGAUGUUAAAGCAAACUGCUCAUACAUAUACCCCAGUGGUGUUUGAGAUCUUUCGUAAAGAGUUUGAGCUAUUCAUGGACUCUGUGUUAUUCAGUUGUGGGGAGGCUGGGUCGAGAUCUGAGUACAAGGUUGCUUCAUCUGAGAAACCCAAGGAACACUUUGUUCGAUUCGAUUCAAGUGAUUGCUCCUGUCUGUGCACUUGUAGGAAAUUUGAGUUUAUGGGUAUCCCAUGCUGUCACAUGUUGAAGGUGCUAGAUUAUAGAAAUAUCAAAGAGCUGCCUCAAAAAUAUAUGUUGAAGCGAUGGAGAAGGACUGCCAAAUCUGCAAAUGAUGACAAUGAAGGCAAUGCAACAAAUGCUAAUGGGUCAUCAUUGAAUGUCCCUGCCCCUCCUGCAAAUCACCAUGGGCUUCAGAGCUUCAGUGCAAUGAUUCAAGAUGCUUCUGUUUCUAAUAUGCAUUAG